AUGGAUGCUUUAGGGGAAGGAGGGACUUCACUAAAGAUGGUUUGUCUGUGCACCAGGAAGGGAAGGCUUCCGUGCAGGAAGUUCAAGGCUGAGGUCAAGCUAUGGGCGCAAGGAGGUCUACAUUUGGGGCUAAUGUCUGUAGAUGUGAUACCUCCCGGUCAGAGACAGAGAAUCGCUGUUAUCGGAUCUGGAAUUGGAUGCUUUCUCAACACGGAUUCCAAGGCUUAUUCACCAUCAAGCGUGCAAAGGGAUAUUGAAAAGAGGGAGCACAAGAGCUCUGAGUCAUCCAACAAGGCUUACUGGAAAAGACUAGAAGAUUCCUUCCCUCUUUCCUUCACCACCAGCUGGAGCGCAGUCUUCGCCGGUCUCAAGGUUAUCAAAAAUACAAGACCGAUAACGUGGCUACGAGCUCUUUCCUUACUCAGACAGACCCCAACCCCAAGCGGGCACGGUGACAAGACUUUGAUGCGGGGUUCGGAAGAUAGGCUUGCAACAGAUUCAACCGAUCGAUUCCCUGUGGCAUAUAAAGAUUGGCGAAGCAUAAGGUUAGUAACAUCGGUGCUGAUAACUUCCUUUUCUCCUUUGGGGAUGGGCUUUGUAGGAGUUGGGCGAGAUGCAAGACUUUUUCCUCAAGGAGUUAGAGCAGAAGUUGUUUACUCGUAUAAAAGAAUAAGACCGGCUUACCAUUCUAUUAAAUAA